CCCAUUAUGAAAUAAUUGAUAAAAUAUUGUAUAUUGAAAGCAAAAGAAAAAUACCCAUCAACAAAGAACACCUAUAAAAUUAAUGUUAAUACUUCUCUUAUAGCAUAAACUAGCAAAAAAAUCCUACAUCAAUUACAAAAAAAGAAAAAAUGGCUACAAUGCAAUUGUGUAAGCCUGCUCAAGUUAGUUGUGAUCAAACUAAAAAUCCGAAAACCGGGCAAAACAAUGAGAAAAAACUUCACUUCCACUUCUGGCAGAAGCAUGGGAAUGAAAAGAAAAAUGAGCAAGCAACUAACAAGCAUCAAAACGAUGUUGGACACCCUAAUUACAAGCAUGUAACAUUUGAGCAUAAAAAUGAACAUGGGCAAGCCGCCAACAAGCUGUGCCAGGAUGUUGGCGGACACCCUAAGAAAGGGAAUACUGAGGUCAAAGUUGUGCAUGGGCAAGCGCAAGGUCAAGUUGCUAAUAACAAGCACCAGCACGAGGUGACUAUUACAAGUAACCCUAGGGGUCACAAGUUAAGGCAGUGCUUCGGCCAUGGGGCCGCCGGCCUUGCAGAUUCGGACGUUGAUGAGGAAACUGAAACAAUUGUUAUUGAGAGGAAAAUAAAAGAAAGAGUGGUAAUUAGCCAUGUUAGGAAGUGUCAUGACCACAAGGAAGGAGCCAAGCAUUUAGACAGAUGCUAAUUUAUGGAAGAUUGGAAGGAGUUGCUGACUUGCUGUGGAUUAAAAACAUGCUGAUCUAAGUAUUAUUAAUGAGUGAAAGUUUGUACUUUUUUAUCUAAUGAAUUUGUUUGCACUAUAUUUGUAAUUUUAUCUUUUCAAUACAAAAUAAAUACUCGAAUAUGAUUUAGAUA